AUGACUAAGAAAGAUAACUCCCAUCCCUCCAGGCGAUUGGCCUGUGAUGUUUGCCGGGAGCGCAAGGUUAGGUGUGAUCGGACAGACCCAAAGUGUGGUCGUUGCACGCGCCUUGGCUACGACUGCAGCUACCAAGGGCGGAAACUACACCGCGCCGCCCAGGCGGAUCUGCCACGUCAACUAUCUGAACUGCAAGAUCGACUAGCCCAAGCCGAGGCAAUACUUCAAAGUUCCGCGGCUUUCACUACUCCAGUGACAUUCCCUCCGCAGAGCGAACUGUUCUAUCCCCAGAUCCCACCACCAGAACCACCCGGAGAUCACGAGAGGCUAAUGCAGCGUCUCCAAAACUAUGCGACUCCUCCAAUGGACCGUGGGUUUGAGGGGUUCGACUUGUUGACCAACCUCACGGAAGAUAUUCCUGGUUUUUGGGGAACUAUCGAUCCAGUUUUGACGUCAGAAAUCCUUCCACUUCCCCAGGAGGAUACUCCGCCGCUAGCAACUCCGCUCGUGGGUAACUAUCUUCUGGCGGGAAACUCCGUGUCCCCUAACUUCAACGAUCCUUUCUUUCCAUCAACCCCAGUGCUCGAUGAAUUCAUCUCGCCACAAGAUAUCGCGAUACUACACUGUAAUUAUUUUGAUAUUUUCUACCCUGUAUUACCUAUUAUAAGCAAGUCGCGCUUCCAACGGGAAUGGGCAGAAAAUUCUACAUCCCCUCAAAUCCGCGGAUUGAGUUUUUCAGUGGCCCUAAUCGGCACAACAAUUUGCCAGCGAUACGCUCAUCUACAACCAGCAUGUUACAGCAACGCCCGCAAAUACGCAGAGUUGUGCGAACGAGACGACAGAGAGACCUAUCUAAUGAGCCUUAACGCGUUUCAGGCAUUAUUACUCAUCUUCCGGUAUGAGUUGACCAAGAAGCACUUUGCCCGAGCUUGGAUGACUCUGGGUAGGGCCGUCACGCUGGCUCAGAUUCUCGACCUGCAACACAUGGACGCUGGCGCAUUUCACACAACUAAUCUCAGUCGCCAUAUAUCCUCUCCAGAAACAGCGUUGUCGGACGUCCAUGAUCUAGCCUCGCUGGAGGAAAUGCGCCGAUCAUUUUGGGCACUGUACAUCUUCGAAAGCUAUGCAAGUAUCCGAAUUGGCCGUCCCUGUACGUUAGAAGAGGAUAAACUGCGGAUUUGCCUCCCCUCCCCAGGUGAACUGAACGAGGACUUUGUGUCCUGUCCAAUGCCUUUCCUUUGUGAACCGGCCAAGCUUUCUGGAUUAAAAAAUCUGUCGUCCUACGCCGCAGUGACAAUCAUGGUGAAACUGGCCCGAUUAUGCUAUGAGCACGUUGGUAUUCUGUCUCGUGGUACCAGUGACUCCGGAUUCUGGGACCGCCACUACCGACUGGUUAAGACGAUCAAUGAUUAUACAACCAUCUUCCAAGGCCAUCUGGGCGCGAAGGCAGUGCGUGAAGAUCCUCUUGCCUUUUCAUUGCAUCUAAAUUUGUGCGCUACACACAUUAAUCUACAUGAGGCGGUUAUCCGCAAAGUGGAGGAGCAGGAAUUACCAAAGCUUGUCGCUGCCGAGAGUCGUAAGUGUAGUACCGUCGCUGCGUUUAAGAUUCUCGGUGCGAUUCGCAUGAAUUGGCCUGUUCAUCGGUCGGAGCGUGAUCACUUCACACUUCAAGCAACGUUUAUCGGCUGGCCAAUUUCAAUUAGCCUGAACGCGCUGAGUCGCAAUGUCCUAAAUGGAAUUGACACCACACCUAUCGGCGUCAUAGACUCUUUACGCCUCUUACGUGGCGCGCUUGACCAGAUAGAGGAGCCAGGUGGCUACUGGCACACGGCAAGUGAAGCGGCGGUGACUGCCUUAUUAAAAUGGGAUGAGCAACAAAGCGGAUCCAGUGGGAUGGACUCAGUAUGUGGAGUUUGA